GCAGACGAGGAGCGGCGCCUUCGGCGGUGGCCCAGCGACGGUCCUAUUGCCGUCUUCCUCAUCCGAACGUGGCCGGCACAUCCCCGCGGAGGCCGCGACCAGCCUGUUCGUGUGUGUGGCGGCGGCGCCAGAUCCGGCAUCCCUCGGGUGCCCCGCCGCCGGAUCUGACCUCGCUCGGGAAGGUUGGCCUGGGGAGUUAGAUUUCUCUGGUGCUUUUUUGUGCUGUAAAAAAAAGCUCUUUUACGAGCUAGGCAGCUAGCGUCUCAGAAAGAAGGUUCAAGCUUCCCAUUGUUCUCAAUUGGGAUGAAAGGCGUCACAUGGGGUGUUUACCACCGUCGCCCGAGUCGUUCCUAUGAAAUGGAGGUUCAGCCAUUUGCAAAAAAAAGAAAAGAAGUGGAGGUGCAGCCAGACGCUGUCAGGGACUGGUCCGAGCUGCCUCUUGACGUGAUUGCUUUGGUCUUCUCCAAACUUGGUGCAGUCGAAGUUCUCAUGGGUGCAGGCCUUGUGUGCCACUCAUGGCUCGAGGCGGCAAAAGUGCCUAGCUUAUGGCGAUACGUUGACAUGGAGCACCAUGAGGUCUUGCGUGGAGAGAAGAAAAAGACGCAGGAUGUCUUGUGCGCAAUGGCAAAGGCGGCAGUUGACCGCUCCAGUGGAGAGCUUGAGGUGUUUGCAGGGAGCGAGUUUGUUACCGAUGAUCUUCUCAAGUAUAUUGCAGAAAGAUCUUCCUCCCUUAAGAGCCUCAGUCUCGACUAUUGCAAUGUUUCGAAUGAAGCAUUCACUGAGCUGAUAAUCAAGUUGCCUCUUCUCGAAGAACUUCUCAUUUCCUUAUGUCCAUUUGUUGACGGCGACGCAUAUGAGAUCACCAGCAGAGCAUGCGCGCAACUGAAGCGUCUCAUGUUACGCCAAGGGUCGUAUGGCGGCGAGAGAGAGGGGUCACUUGGAAUAGAGUUUAUGCAUGAGCUGCGAUACCUUACUCUCGUCGGAAGUGAUAUCACGACGGAGGAGCUGGUUGCCAUCAUCGAUGGCUGCCCUCACUUGGAGCGCCUUUGUGUGCGCAACUGUUGCAACAUCGUUGUCGAUGGAGUACUGCGAGCGAAAUGUUCGAGGAUCAAGACUCUGAUUCUUCCCACUUUGCAGUGCCGCCGUAUCCAUUUUCAUCCUGAUGAUGGCAUUUUCACUGACAAGUUUGACGAUUGGAGGUCUGCUUAAAUGUGAUGGUUCAUCUUGAACGGCUGCUAGCGAUCUAUGUAUGUACUGAUCUUGCAUGGCUGUGUUUUGUCAUGUGGGAUAUGGAUGGAUGGGUUCAGGUGGUUAUUGGCACUGCUACUCUGUGAUAUUGCUACUACAGUCCAAAUAAGGAGGCAAGGUCUCCGUUUUCUGGUGUUCCAAGAAGUUCCCAGGUUUGCGCAUGCAGUGUUCACACCUAGGUCACGAGCUACUUCAAGGUUGUGCGCUGCAUCCAGCAAUGCUCACACAGCACCAUCACUAAUGCCGUGGCGUCACCCUCCUGUGCUGUGCUGUCGCAACACCAUCAUUCCUUCCGAGCCUUCCUUUUUUCUGUUCGAUUAGUAGAACAUUUUGGAAUAAAUAACCAUUCUUCAUUAAUGUACUGUACUGCCUUAAGAUUAGCAGUGGCAUGGUUCUUUUCGAUGUGUAAGCUGUGAGUGCCUUUGAUCAUUUGGACAUGUGGUUGUAUGCCUGUAAAACCUAACUGCUUGGAUGCUGAAUAGCAGAGGAGAAGAGAUUGUAUGGGUUGAUGA